GUCUGGAGACAGUUGCCACAGAAAAUUAUAUCUCGUUAUUUUCCCAUUAUUUUCUUAUUUCGCCUCUUUUAAACGUAAUUUUCCUUAACUUAUAUCUAACGGAACUAGCCAAAUGACUUAUACAUGGCCUCAUAACUGAAACACCCACACGUAGGAUUGGAGUAAAUGACAAAAUAAAAGGAAACGGGGAAGGAGGACAGAAGGAGGACAGGAGGAGGACAGAAGGUACAGCUCAGUUCACUCUCAAGAACCUACACUAUUUAACAUUCUAGUAGCCUUUGGAGCAUUUUCGAAAAGAAGCAGUGAAGAUGUUGUGGAUACUUGUUUUCACACUUUUUGCUGUGCCUAGCAUGGGGGAAGUUUUUACCUCCAUGACAGACAUGAGUCGGCUCCUUGUUACUGAGGGGGAGAUGAUACGUGCAGUUGAAAAUUACAUAGUAGCACAAGAAGAAAAACUCAUGAAGUUGAAAAGAGAUGUCUUAGAGAUGGAGCGAGUCCAUGAUGAAGCAGCUCGUUCACCUGAAGCAUUUUUGGGUAACCCAAUUAAUGCAUACCUGUUGGUCAAGAGGCUUACUGUGGACUGGCUUGACCUUCAGAAUAUCAUGACAGAUGAUAGUACUGGCCAAGCCAUGUUAAACAACCUAACAAGCAUGGCAUCAAUGCUUCGCUGGCCAGAUGAAGAAGAUCUUAAUGGGGCAGCAACAGCCCUAAUGCGUCUCCAAGAUACAUACAAGCUGGACACAUCACAGAUUGCAAGUGGUGACAUUCUAGGGAAGAAAAGAGCAUACAGAGAACUUACAGCUGCUGACUGCUUUGAGCUCGGUCGCCAGAGUUACAAUGGGGGCGAUCAUUAUCAUACAGUGUUGUGGAUGAAUGAAGCUCUUGACAGGCAAGAAGUGGAAGGCAACAAGACUGUUGAACGGGCAGACAUCCUGGAAUACCUAGCUUUUUCGACUUACAUGCAGGGAAAUAUCCGUCAGGCUUUGAAGCUUACAGAUGAACUGCUGGAGGAGCGUCCUAACCACCAGAGGGCUCAGGGAAAUAAAGUGUAUUAUGAGGAGGCCUUGCAACAGCAGAAGACUCAAAAGAGAGGGGAAUUAGGUGAUUUCAUGGAGGAGGAUGCUACUGCUGUUGAGAAGGAAUAUACCAUAUCAGAAAGUAUGGGUGAAGUAGAGAAAUGGCAGAUUGAGCGUCAGGCCUACGAGCGUCUGUGUCGCGGUGAAGGAAAGUUGUCGCCGGAAAUGUUACUCCAACUUCAUUGUUUCUAUAAGAGUGGUCCUUCUGCUUACCUGCGUUUAGCUCCUGUGAAAACUGAGAUUGCACAUAUCCAUCCAACAAUUUACAUUUUCCAUGAUGUUCUUAUUGAUUCGGAGAUAUCGGUGAUCAAAGAGUUGGCAACACCAAUGUUCAAGCGUGCUACUGUUCAGAACUACAAGACAGGAGAGCUGGAGACUGCUUCUUACAGAAUCAGUAAAUCGUCGUGGCUCAAAGCAGACGAUUCUAAGACUGUAGCUAAGGUGAAUCAAAGGAUUGAAGAUAUUACAGGUCUGAAUAUGCAGACGGCUGAAGAAUUACAGGUGGCAAAUUAUGGAAUUGGAGGCCAUUAUGAACCACACUUUGAUUAUGCACGGCGAGAAGAGAAAGAUGCCUUUAAAUCUUUAGGCACUGGUAACAGAAUUGCAACUUUCCUGUUUUAUAUGUCCGACGUUGAUGCUGGCGGCGCAACUGUCUUCCCACAACUGGAAUUAUCACUCUGGCCCAAGAAGGGCACAGCAGCCUUCUGGCACAACCUGCAUCCCAGUGGCGAAGGUGACAUUCUCACAAGACAUGCUGCUUGCCCUGUAUUAGUUGGUACCAAGUGGGUGUCGAAUAAGUGGAUUCAUGAACGCGGCCAGGAAUUCAGGAGACCCUGUGAAUUAGACCCUAGGGCAUUAUAAUUCUUUAAUCUGUAGUAUCUGUCCCCUUUUUACGUUCAUUGUGUGCAUGUCUUGUCAGUGUGUUUACCUGAAGAAAGUUUUAUAUUAUCUAUAUUAUUUAGCUUUUUUUCAUCCCAUGGACUAUAAGGCAUUCAAAUUACAGUCUGUUUUGUAAAUGCAGAGUUCAUCUAGAUCAUAUGUGGCUGGUUAUUGAAAAAUCUAAUUGCAACCUGAUAUUUAAGUUUAGGUUGAGACAGGGAAGAAAAGCAUAUAAAUAUUACAAAGCUACCUUCCAUUCUAAAAGUUUUCAUAGUCCAGUUAAAAAGAGGUUGUAAAAAUGUAUUCACAUGAUAAAGUAUAGAAACGUUUCAGCUUUGUGUGAUUAUAUUUGUGCAAAUUAUGCAUUCUACACUCCUGUAAUGAAAGUGACUUAAGUAAGAUAAGAAAGCAAAGGCAUUAAUAUAUAAUAGAAGACUUUAUUGCAUAAGUGUGUACAUAAAAAUUGUAAGUAGAUAGGAUUGUCAAGGAUGUAUAAAAGUAGGUGGCCUGAGAAUAUUAAAGAUCCUGACAUAUUAUGAUUGCAAAUGUCUGUUGCAAGUAUGCUUACCUGUCAGUCAGAAGUUCCCUACUUAAACAAAAUGCCAUACUUUAACACAUCAUUUAAAAACAGAGGUAAAACUUGCUUUGACAUCAGAUUUAUAGGACUGUUCACAUGUUAAUGCAAUAUGAAUAUUAUUGUUUUAUUUGAUAGUCAUACAAAUGCUCAGAGUACAUAUAGAGUAGGAAUCAAUGUUGAGUGAGUAGCUGCAUAGAACUGUGUCAUAAAUGUACCUUAAUUUAUCCCUUUGAAGAUCAUUAGUAUAUACUAAAGUAAGUGCAUUGCAGAACCUAAAUGAUUCAGAUUUGAUAUGUUGAUCUCAUAUUUAAUAAGAUUUACAAAAGUAUGUCUUCAAAAAUUUCAGACCUUGGGUAUACAAUCCUUUUUGCAAGUUAUCAUGAAAUUGAUUAAAAUUAUGUUCUGUAUAAGGAACAUUUUUUUUUUUUUUUUUUUUUUUUUUUUUUUUUUUUAUCUACUCACCGUGUCCAUGGAUGAUGUGAAGAACUCUCAUAGCAGUAUAUUUAUUGAUAUACUAAUACUUGCACAAAUUUCAAACUCUUCUGCUCAUCUUAUAAACAAGUUUUCUUAUUGUGCACUGGUGUCCUGUACAGGUUGUAUAAUUGUGUUUACAUUCAGAAAUUUUGCUUAGUUAUUUGGAAAUGCAAAAAGUUUAGGCAAACAGAAAAAAAUUCUCUGGAAUGUGUUUUUAUAUUCCUAUGCCAGCUGUAAAGAAAUAAAGCAGUGUUGGAACUGGUAUUCCAAAGUAUUUGAUUUUAAUUGUAUAUAUAUAACUUAUAGUAUGUUAACUGAAUUGUUUUGACCAAGGCAUUUGGGCACUGCAAAAGUAAGAUUACGGAGGUGCCAUAUGACCCAAUAUAUUUUUUUUAUAUGAAUGUUUUGUUUUGGAAGUGUUCAGUGUAAUAAAUGAAGGCUUUUA